CAAAUAACUUCGUGUUAGCGAUUUGGGCUUUUGUGGACAAGCUAGAGAGCUCACUUAGGGCUGGAAACUCCGAUCGUCAUCGACUCUCACGGCAACCGUCGUCAACUCCGACGUUCCCACUUUCGAUAGCUUCUUUGGACACAGUGGAGGUCAAGAACCCUAAAUUGGAUUCUUCUCCUACCGACUCUUCCUCUUCCUCGACUUCUAUAGUCCUCGUACUUUGAUGGCUGGCAAUGUUAUCAACCGAACCUCCAGCACGCCCAUGAAAACUAUUCUUCCCCCACAGGAGAUCCUCGACGAUCUAUGCAGCCGGUUUGUUUUGAAUGUUCCAAAAGAAGAUCUGGAGUCGUUUGAGAGGAUCUUUUUUCUUCUUGAACAAGCACAUUGGUUUUAUGAGGACAAUUCAGUUGAACAAAAUCCAUCUUUGAAGUCUCUUUCCUUCAAAGAGUUUUCAUCUUUGAUGUUUAAUAAUUGUGCUGCAUUAAGACCAUAUAUCAACCAUCUUGAUGACAUAUACAAGGACUUCACUACCUACAAGUUUCGGGUGCCAGUUAGUGGGGCAAUUAUAUUAGACGAGUCUUAUGAAAGGUGUUUACUCGUGAAAGGUUGGAAGUCUGGAUCUAGCUGGAGCUUUCCUCGUGGCAAAAAGAGCAAGGAUGAGGAAGAUCAUAUAUGCGCAUAUCGUGAAGUAUUAGAGGAAACUGGAUUUAAUAUUUCCAAGCUCUUGAAUUUGGAUGACUAUAUUGAAGUUGUAAUUAGAGAGCAGAGGGUUAGACUCUACAUAAUAGCAGGUGUGAAGGAAGAUACUGCAUUUGCACCUCAAACCAAGAAAGAGAUCAGCGAAAUCUCAUGGCACCGCCUUGAUGAAAUUCUGCCAGCAACUGAAGAGGAAUUUUCACGUGGAGCAAAUGGUUUGAAGCUUUACAUGGUUGCACCAUUCCUAACUGGAUUAAAAGCAUGGAUUGCAGCAAAUCCUCCCCCCGCCGGCCAGAAAACAGAGGCAUCUGCAAAAGGUGUAUGUGUGUGGAAAGUGAAGAGCAAUUCAGGUUCUGCUUCAACUGUUGAGAACCCACUGCACAAAGUGCCAUCUGAUUCUCACAACGCUGAUGUUAGGCCUGGUAGAAGCUUCAGAAAUUUCAGAUUUGAUAUUCCCAGCAUCCUUCAGUCAAUGGAAACUGCUUUCUCUGCCAAGUGAGAUGUAAAUUAGCUUCUCGCAGCUGAAUUAUAUAUACUUAGCAUAGCCAAAGAGAACUUUCUAUUCCCCUUAAGAGAAAUAAAAUUCUUAGGGGUUUUAUGUAAUGAUUUCUAGGCUGUAAAGGCUUAAAUAUGACCUUCUAAGUUGCUUAGACCACCAUACUGGUCCUUCAGUAUAUAAAUGUCCAUUCCCUGUUUGGAGAAAUUAUUCUGCGUGAAUACCAGAUUGACUGUUCAAAGGCAAAUCAGAGCGCUUCAUAUCACCUGUUACACAACGGAUACAUAGCAGAGAGGUGACGUGGCGUGCUCUGAUUCGCUCCGAACAACAUUCGAUGUCCGCACAGAAUAUAAUUCAUCUCCUGUAUGAAAGUCAACUGCCUAUGAUGCCUGAGAAUUAAGUUUCUAAGCUGUUUUGUCUUUUUAUGGGAGCUUUGUUUUUCUGAUAGAUAUCAUAUUACAUUUUAAA